GCUUUGUCUUCAGUAUCCUUCUUUACACUGACUGCAAUAAGUUUCGACAGACUUCUCGCAUUGACACUGGGGCUUAGGUACAGACAAGUCGUAACUUUGAAAAGAACGCUUACAAGUGUACUUGUUUCUUGGGUUUUUUCUAGUAUUGUGGCAUCAUCAAUUUUCUUUGAAAUUCAGAUAAUUUUAUGGUUUGCCAAAGUAGGUUUCGCUCUAGGUAUAGUCACAACAGUUUUCUCUUAUACAAAAAUUUUCUUCACACUCCGUCAAAACCAAAUUCGUGCUCUACGGAGCGACAUUUCUCGAUGGCCAGCAACUCAAGCAAUUCCACUGAACGUAGCGCGAUACAAAAAGGCAGUGUACAGUGCACCGUGGGUGCAGCUAGCGUUGGUCAUUUGUUAUCUGCCGAAUAAUAUAGUGGUAGCUCUAGAAAUUCAAGGAGAAAUACCUUUAGCAAUUUACCUUACCAGACAAUUUACUUUUACUUUAGUUAAUUUAAACUCGUCAUUAAACCCUCUGGUUUAUUGUUGGAAGAUCACAGAAGUGAGACAGGCCGUCAAAGAAACAUUAAGGAAUAUUUUCUUUUGA